AUGUCCUUCUCUCAGCGUGUUCAUGUACAGCCAGUUCCGUCUUCGACCAUCGGGUUGCCUGUCUCAUUCGUCGCCGGUCCAUUGGCUGGCAUGACACUUCGUGCUGAGCUGGAAGAAGUACAAUCAGCAAAGAUGGGUCGCAAAUAUGGGCACAAGGAUCGUAGGGCACUCGAUCCCCCGCCCGUUGUGCUCAUGAAACUGUACCGGAGAGUGGGAUACGGUAUCAACGCUCGGGCAGAAGAGGAAAUUUUAGAUUAUGGUUCCUUCAACAAUGUUGGCCUCGUAUGUCAAGCCGAUCUUUUUCCGAUCCCUGAGACUAUCAGCGCAGGCAUCCCUGCUGGUCAAGGAACGUCACCAGUGUUGAAUCCCCACCAGCACGUGAUCCUGCCUCCGGUGUACAAUCGUUCUCCUGCUCCAUAUGCAUCGAGCCACAGCUUCCCAGAAAGUCUCCCUCGGUCUGACGUGGUAGCGUACUAUGGAGGUCAUGCACUGUCAGAGAGUUCAAAAUGUACUCAACUCCUCGCGGGCACGAUCACUGUUGCUGCGAUUUGUAUUGACUACAAGGGGAAGAAGUCCCUGAUGUUCAUAUUCUCGGAUUUAGCAGUCAGGUCCGAGGGGACAUACAUGCUACGGUACUCGGCAUACGACAUUUUCUCCCAUGUCCGGCAUACUCAGGGACAUCCUGCGCUUGCUCAGUGCUUCGGAGGCCCCUUCCAUAUAUACUCCACGAAAGACUUUCCAGGUCUUCACGCUUCUACUGAUCUAACGAAGCAUCUUUCGUUCUACGGGAUGCGGCUGCAUGCACGAGAACAUCAACGCGAAGGAAAGAAACGCAAGGCAGACGAUUAA